AUGUCAAAGAAAAGUGAUAGCGAAUGGAGAGCCAUACUCUCACCAGAACAAUUCAAAGUGCUACGUGAAAAGGGUACCGAGGCACCAUACGUUGGCAAGUAUACAAACACUCCAGCCUCAGAAAAAGGUGUUUACGAAUGUGCUGCAUGUCUGCUGCCAUUGUACAAGGCCAACACCAAAUUUCAUUCCAAUUGUGGUUGGCCUGCUUUUUACGAAGCCAUCCCCGAUGCUUUAAGAGUUAUUCGUGAUACCAGUCAUGGAAUGGUUAGAGAAGAAAUCGUUUGCAAUAACUGUGAUUCCCACUUGGGCCACAUCUUCAAAGGUGAAGGAUACAAGACACCAACAGAUGAGAGACAUUGUGUAAACAGCAUCUCAUUAAAAUUGAACCCUGAUGAAACUAUAUAG